UUCCCAAAUCCCCGGAGGAGCCGUGAAUAAUGAGAGCAUGUCUGCUUUCAGGUUCUGGUCCAGCCUGCUGGUUUUGCUGGGGUAUCUCUGCCCUGGAGGUUCAUCGUGUGGCAUUUCAACACACGUAGAAAUAGGACACAGAGCUCUGGAGUUUCUCAGUCUUCAAGUUGGGAGUGUUAACUACAAAGAGCUGUUGCUUGAACACCAGGAUGCCUAUCAGGCUGGAACCGUGUUUCCCGAUGCUUUUUACCCCAGCUUCUGCAAAGGAGGAAAAUACCAUGAAGUGGCUGAGAGCACCCACUGGACUCCAUUUCUUAACGCAAGCAUUCAUUACAUCAGAGAGAACUACCCCCUUCCCUGGGAGAAGGACACGGAGAAACUGGUAGCUUUCUUGUUUGGAAUCGCCUCUCACAUGGUGGCAGAUGUCAGCUGGCAUAGCCUGGGUAUUGAACAAGGGUUCCUUAAGACAAUGGGAGCUAUCGAUUUUCACAACUCCUAUUCUGACGCUCAUUCGGCUGGUGACUUUGGAGGAGAUGUGUUGAGCCAAUUUGAGUUUAAUUUUAAUUACCUCGCACGGCACUGGUAUGUGCCCACCAAAGAUCUACUGGGAAUUUACAAGAAACUCUAUGGCCGAAACGUCAUCACCAAAAAUGUAAUUGUUGACUGUUCAUAUCUUCAGUUCUUGGAAAUGCAUGGUGAGAUGUUAGCUGUUUCUAAGCUUUUCCCCACUUAUUCUGGAAAGUCCCCGUUUCUGGUAGAACAAUUCCAGGAAUAUUUCCUUGGAGGACUGGAUGAUAUGGCUUUUUGGUCCACUAAUAUUUACCGUCUAACAAGCUUCAUGUUGGAAAAUGGGACCAGUGACUGCAGUCUCCCUGAGAACCCUUUGUUCAUAGCAUGUGGCGGUCAGCGAAACAACACCCACAGCUUCAAAGUGCAGAAAAGUGCUUUUCAUAGAAAUCUGACUGCAUCCCCAACGGAAGACAUUGAAAGAAACAUAAAUUAUACAGAAAGAGGAGUGUUCUUUAGUAUGGAUACUUGGACCUCAAAUUCCUUUACAUUUGUGUACCAGACUUUGGAAAGUAAUGUACGGGCAGUAUUGACAGGAGGCUCAGCGCAUCCACUUAAGCAUAUCUCUAGCCCCUCAGCAUCUUACUUCCUGUCAUUUCCCUAUGCGAGGCUUGGGUGGGCAUUGACCUCGGCGGACCUCAACCAGGAUGGGUACGGUGACCUUGUGGUAGGUGCACCUGGCUACAGUCACCCAGGCCACAUCCAGGUCGGGCGCGUGUACCUCAUGUACGGCAACGACCUGGGCCUGCCCCCCGUCGACUUGGACCUAGACAAAGAGGCUCACGGGAUCCUGGAGGGCUUCCAGCCCUCAGGUCGGUUUGGCUCAGCCUUGGCUGUGUUGGACUUCAAUAAGGAUGGGGUGCCUGACCUGGCCGUGGGAGCCCCCUCAGUGGGCUCUGAGCAGCUCACAUACAAAGGAGCAGUGUAUGUCUACUUUGGUUCUCGACAAGGAAGGAUGUCUUCUCUCCCUAACAUCACCAUCUCAUGCCAGGACAUCUACUGUAACCUGGGCUGGACACUCCUGGCCACGGAUGUGAAUGGAGACAGUGAGCCCGAUCUGGUGAUUGGCUCCCCUUUUGCACCAGGUGGAGGGAAGCAGAAGGGAAUUGUGGCUGCAUUUUAUUCUGGCCCUAGCCAGAAUGACAAAGAAAAGCUGAGCGUGGAGGCAGCCGACUGGCUGGUGAGAGGCAAGGAGGACUUCGCCUGGUUCGGAUACUCCCUCCACGGCAUCAGUGUGAACAACAGGACUUUGCUAUUGGUUGGGAGCCCGACCUGGAAGAACAACAGCAGUCCAGGCAAUUUAUUCCACAAGUGGGAUGAGAAACAAAACCUCGGAAGGGUGUAUGGCUAUUUCCCACCCAAUUGUCAAAGCUGGUUUACGAUUUCCGGAGACAAGGCGAUGGGGAAACUGGGUACUUCCCUGUCCAGUGGCCAUGUGAUGCUGAAUGGGACCUUGACCCAAGUGCUCCUGGUGGGGGCUCCGACUCGUGAUGUUGUGUCUAAAAUGGUGUUCCUGACCAUGACCUUGCACCAAGGUGGAAAUGCUCGGAUGUAUGAAAUAACAGGGGAUGCCCAGCCUGCUCUGCUCAGCACCUUCAGUGGGGACCGCCGCUUCUCUCGAUUUGGUGGAGUUCUACACCUGAGCGAUCUGGAUAAUGACGGCUUAGAUGAAAUCAUCAUGGCAGCCCCACUGAGGAUAUCUGAUGUAACCUCUGGACUGAUUGGGGGGGAAGAUGGCCGCGUUUAUGUAUAUAAUGGCAAACACACCACCCUUGGUGACGUGACAGGAAAAUGCAAAUCAUGGAUCACUCCAUGUCCAGAAGAAAAGGCCCAAUAUGUAUUGACUUCGCCUGAAGCGAGCUCAAGGUUUGGGAGCUCUAUUAUCACUGUGAGGUCAAAGGAAAAGAACCAAGUUGUCGUUGCUGCUGGAAGAAGUUCUUUGGGAGCCCGACUCUCUGGGGCGCUUCACAUCUAUAACCUUGGCUCAGAUUAAAAGAUUUUACUGUUUUCCUAAUCUGCCCCUCCCUCCCUAUGCUGAGUCCUCUCCAGGGUGAGAGUUCUGGUGGACAGUGACACACCCAGUAGUGAUGGUGGAUCUGAGUAGAGGCGGGGCUCCCAGGAGCCGAGACACUACCCCAAAAAUACCCAGUGCCGUCGAGUCAAUUCAGAGACACCACUACAGCCAGUUAAAUUAUAUGGCAACCACCAGAGUAUGUGAAACAGGAGACGCUCUGGUGACUCAAGUCCCCUUCCACAACUUGCUUCCUUUACAUCUAAACCUUCUUUCCUCCCCUAAUAGCUCAUUGUCUGUGCACAGACCUCUUGUACAACCCAUUUCCCCCUCCACACAAAUACCUAUCAUGUCCUUUCGAUGCCUGGAAAGGCCUCUCUGGUUAUCUCUUAGGAAAGUCUCUGUACACAAUUCCUCCUAAAAACAUCCUUCUUUUAUUGGUGACCCAUCCCAAAGUGUAAAAGAAAGCAUUGUAUACAGAAAUAACAUUGGGGAAGCAGGAGAAACAGUACAGCAAAGAAUAUGUAUAGAUGAUAACUUAAAAAAAAAAAAAACAACUCGUUGCUGUCAAAUCGAUUCUGACUCAUAGCAACACUGCAGGACACAGUAGCACUGCCCACAAGGCUUUCCAAGGAGCAGCUGGUGGGUUCAAAUUGCAGACCUUUUGGUUAGCAGCCAAGCUCUUAACCACUCCACCACCCAAAAUUACCUGUGAAUGAUUUUGUUCUU